AUGAAGCUGCGCAAGCACGGGGGGUCGCUGGACGAGGAGAAAUUCUUCGAAAAUGUGAGCAAAGAUGACUCGGGCAUGAUAAAAAAGUUUACCCUUGGAGUGUGCGCCAUGGAAAGCAAAGUGGAGAGCGCACCCAUGGAGUGUAUCUUGAAGAGGCUAGCCAAAAGUGGAGAUUUUAACAUAAUCAAAUUUAAAGGAGACAUGAUUUUAAAUCACGACAUAGACUCGUGGCCAAUAGUAGAUUGUCUGAUAGCCUUUUACUCCACGGGGUUCCCUCUCAAGAAAGCCAUCGAGUAUGUGAAGAAAUACAAACCAAUAACCUUAAACAAUCUAAGCAGGCAGUUAAUUUUAAGAUCAAGGUUGCAGAUCUAUGAGGAGUUAAAAAAGUGGAAAGUGCCUCAUGCCAAUUAUGUGGUCGUAGAUCACGAUGCUGUGAAGAGAGGAGAACAUGUUUUUGAAGAAUACUAUGACUAUAUUGUAUAUAACAAUAUUAGACUGAAUAAACCUUUUAUAGAGAAACCUAUCAAUGCAGAUAAUCACAAUAAUUGGAUUUAUUACCCAAAGAAUACUGGUGGCGGGUGUAAGAAGCUCUUUAGGAAGGUUAAAGACAGGAGUAGUGAAUACUGCCCUGAUGUACACAGGGUUAGGAAUAACGGAAUGUAUAUAUAUGAGGAAUUCCUUUCAACCUUCGGCACAGACGUAAAAGUAUACACCGUUGGGCAAAUGUUUGCUCAUGCGGAAGCUAGGAAAUCUCCCGCACUCGAUGGAAAAGUGUGUAGGACCUCCGAUGGGAAGGAAGUUCGAUACGCUGUCAUCCUCUCAGAGGCGGAGAAAAUUAUUGCGUAUCGGAUUGUGGAAGCAUUCCAGCAAACUGUCUGCGGCUUCGACAUUUUGAGGACGACCAUGGGACCCUUCGUCUGUGAUGUGAAUGGGUGGUCUUUCGUAAAAGGGAACAUAAAAUAUUACAACGAUUGUGCACACAUUUUGAGAGCCAUGUUUUUGGCGAAGCUGGAAGAAAAAUAUAAUAUCAUUCCGAGAGACCUUGCCGACAACUGGUACAACAUAGAGAACGAAGAGGAGGUGUUGAGGAAAACCUUUAGACAGCCGGAUGAUCUCCAUUGUUCUCACCAUGAAGAGUUAUGUUCCGUGAUUAUUGUGAUGCGCCAUGGGGAUAGGAAGCCGAAACAGAAAAUGAAAUUUCUCACCGAUCGUCCUCUUCUUUUGGACUACUUCAAUUGUGAGGAAAACUUAUACAACGUGAUUGAGAACAAACUCGCUGCAGACGAUCAGCAGAAGGCUAACCAGAUGGAACUCAGCAACAGCAAUAAUAACUUGUCUGUUAGUUGCGUCCCCUCCGAUAGAGUGGAUUCCUCGAUGUUUCAGUACGACGCCGCGGCCAAGGCCCCCUCUACGCUGAGCAAAAUAUCCUUCAUUUCGCAGAAGAGCGGCGAGGUGGUGAGCGCAGCGAGUGCGGAGCGGGACCCAUCCGCGGCGAACGCUUCAAACGGUGCAAACGGUGUAAACGGUGCGACCGCUUCAAACGCUUCGAACGCUUCCAACCCUGCGAAUGGUCUGCCCCCAGACGAGCAGGAGCGCCGAGACAGCCUCUACAAGGAGUACACAAAGAAGGAAAUCAAAUUCAAGUCGCCAGAGGAGCUGCAGGACCUCUUCCUGCGGAACAACAUCAUCCUGGGCGACGUCGAGAAGGAGUACAAGGCGCUGAAAGCGGAGGCCGAGGCAAGGAGAGCCGAGCUGGCGAUGAGAAGUGCUUCCGUGGGAAGGGAUGAGGCGGUGGAAGGGAAUGAGACGGUGAGAAGAAAUGAGACGGUGAGAAGAAAUGAGACGGUGAGAAGAAAUGAGACGGUGAGAAGAAAUGAGACGGUGAGAAGAAAUGAGACGGUGAGAGGAAAUGAAACGCUGGGAAGAAGUGAUGGGGAGGCUUCUCUUAAGCGUGAAGAAGACCCUCCCAAAAGUGACGUGGCUGCCUCUGCGCGUGACGUAACCGCCCCUAAAGGGGACGUGUCCGAGGCGCGUCCCCACGCCGCGAUGACGCAGGAGGAGCUGGAGGCCAAGCUCAGCGAAUACGAAAUUAUGAUAGAGAACCACAAGACGCUGCAGAAGGUGUUGGAGCGCGGAGAUGGGUUCACAGGAAUAAACAGAAAGAUACAGCUGAAGCCAGUGGAGUUCCUCGUCCUGGACGACAAAAUUGUGGUGACGAGAAUUUUGACAGUAGCCAAGUGGGGAGGGGAGCUAACUAGGAUGGGAAGGAGGCAGUCGGAAAAUCUAGGAAAGAGAUUCAGAGCAACUCUCUAUCCAGGGGAUUCAGACGGAUUAUUACGAUUACACUCAACUUUUAGGCACGACUUCAAAAUAUUUACCUCAGAUGAAGGGAGGUGCCAGAUAACGUCCGCCGCAUUUACAAAAGGGUUUCUAGACCUAGAUGGAGAACUCACCCCGAUCCUAGUGGCCAUGGUGAUUAGAAAUUCAAAAGCUCAUAGUCUGCUCGAUGAUAAUAGACCUAGUCUAAAUAGAACCCAGUGUAAACAAUACAUAGAUAACGUACUGAAUCAGGACAAGGAUAUUGACGAGGAUCUUUUGAAGAAACUCACAUCUGGGAAGCAUGCUAGAGGGUUGCGCGAAUCAUUGAGGAAGAUCUCCAAUUUCUUUCAACUGAUGGAGAAAAUUAGAAAAACCAUCUAUGAUUUUCUCAAGGGAUUAAAUCAGGAAGUGCAGAAAUGGUUAAAUCUAUUCCCAUAUGAUGAGUACGCUCUGUAUGUCAUCGACAUUCUACACGAAAUACAAGUCAGAUGGAAGUCACUCACCAAGAUGUGGUUUAAGAAAAAUAAAAACAAUUACGACACGUCGAAAAUACCAGAUAUUGUAGACAACAUAAGAUUUGAUCUCAUUCAUCAUCAUUCCUAUCUGGGCUGUGGACUAGACAAGGCUUUCGAGAUUUAUAAUCAAAUAGAACCGCUAGCCAAUUUUAUUUCCCAAGCAGAGUAUGGAAUCACUCCUGAGGAAAAAGUCAAAAUCGGAGUUAACAUUGUUGGCAAGCUGCUUCGCAAACUAAUCCAUGAUGUUACCUUUUACAGAGAUGAAGAGGUUCGGAAUAAAAGAAACAACAAAGGUUGCUUUGAUUUAAAGAAUGCUCUUAACAUUUCCUACAUCAAUUCGUUUAAUCUAUCCAAGAAUGACAAGACGGGACUCCCAACAGGUGAAAAGAACCCACAACAACAGGUUCUGGAAAAUGCCAAAGUAGAUGCACAGCACGCCAAUUGGCUAGACAAGGAGAUACAAAAGGACACUCCCAAAUUGUUUAGCAUGUGCAAGUAUGACUCGAGACAAAUCUUCAUUGACAACCGUCUGCAGAAGGGUGCCGAGCAGCUCCUCCCCGCCACCAUGGCCACCAUCGCGACGGACCCGUGUGCCACCAAGACAGAGCUGUCACUGUGGAACGAGGCCACCUCCAGUUCGGUAGCAACCAACACGGUAAACGCGGUCAACACGGCAACCGCGCCUUACUCCAACGGGGCGUACUAUAGUGGCGCUUACCCUAGUGAGGCCUUCUCAAGCGCCGCGUUCUCUUGCGUCACCUCCUCCAGUGGAAGGCCUUCUCUGAGCGAGCCCCAGGUGAAGAAAUCCAUUUACAGUGAACUCAACCAGAAGGGUGGAAAAGUUGGAAGCGAUGCACAAGUUGGAGGUUCCCCGGGGGGGGGAACUUCAACCCAAGUGGGGAAGGACCCAACAUGUGCGGAGUCGACAGAAGCUGUGGAGUCGAAAACAGGUGAGGGUGGCCCCAUUGGCCUGAAUGGCGGUCUCACAGACUUCACUGGCAAUGGCCUACUUGACCUCUCCAAGCACACUAAUGGGGAGAGGCCGGAGGAAGGCGACAUCCACCACAGGGACGAGUUCGAGGGGGGCACCCGGACGCCGGACAGGAGCUCCACCAAAGGUGCGUCUGGGGCAGCUUCCGAUGAUCCACAGGGCGGUUCGACUCACAUCGGGAGCAGCCCUGUUGAUAACACGGUUAGUAGCAGUAAUGUUGGCAGUAGCGUCGUAGGUAUGGUUGGCAGCCCCGCUAGUGUUUGCCCAAACGAGAAGAACCCCUUCAAAGCGGCGGGGGGAGGUGUCACGUACAACAUUAACGCGAAAGAUCUGUACACGCCAAAGCUUAUCAAUAAGAAGGAGGCCCUCGUGAUAAACUCAUCGGAUCUGUGGGCCCAUCAGAAUAAGUACAGAAAGGAAAACAACGAAAAACAGAAAAUGAAGAAAAUAAAAAACGCCAAGGAGAGUGAACUGAAUUUGAAAAGAGAGGACAACGUCGAAGUGGGUAGCGACUAUAGGGGACUAGACAAGUAUGGGAGUAACCGAAUGAAAGGUGUAGGAGGAAUUAGUGGAAGUGGAAGCGAUACCACCGCGAAGGACCUACGUGGGAAGGUAAACGCCAGGUUGGAUGGACACAAAAGUGAAGAGGAAAGAGGAAGGAAUGGUGCAGCUCGUAAUGGGGCAGCUUGUAAUGGGGCAGCUCGUAAUGGGGCAGCUUGUAAUGGGGCAGCUUGUAAUGGGGCAUCUUGUAAUGGGGAAGCUCGUAAUGGGGCAGCUCGUAAUGGGGCAGCUCGUAAUGGGGCAGCUCGUAAUGGGGCAGCUCGUAAUGGACCAGCUUGUAAUGGCGCAGCACGGAGUGGCACAGAUCAGGAUGGCGCCUUGCGAAGUGCCUAUGAAUGCUCACAACAGGGGGACAAAGAAGGAAUGAAAAACGAGCAGGGUAGUAACAAUAUGUCGCAGAGGAAGGCAGAGGAGAAAACAUAUCAGGAGUACCAAAUUGAGGAGACAUAUCGACAGGUGGAUAACGAUGAGGAGCAGCAGAAGGAGGAGAAGAAGCAGGAGAAGGAUGAGCAGCAGAACCAGGAGAAGGAGAAGGAAGAAGAAGACGGAGAAGAGGCAGAAGAUGACGAAGGAGAGGAAGAACACGACCAUGACGAUGACGAAGAUAUAAUUAGACUUAAAGAGACAGAUGCAAGGAGGUUAGGAAUCCGAUCUCCAUGGAGGAUGGUUAGAUCUCGGUACUACGUGACGUCAGCUUCGCACAUGAUUUCUCUAUUGAGUAUUCUGAUCCAUGCCAAGAAUAUAGACAGCUCGACUGGCCAAAAUAUAAUCGAUAAUGAUUCCAUUAAAAGUGUGGGGGACGUGACAGAUUUGCAUUACUUAUCACAUUUAGUUUUUAGAGUCUGGGAGAGAAAACAGCUAAAGCGAAAUGACAGCAACAGGUUUCGAAUCGAAAUUUUGUUCAGCUCUGGUGCCAGGGACGGGUUCGGACAGAACUAUGAACUGCUGGAGAAAGACGCUAAGGCGCAGCAGCAGAAGUACGAGAGGCACUUUAGCAAAUACGUGGAUGACAGCAGGAGAGGCGAGGGGGGCGGGGAGGUGAACCUGUCUAACCAGAUAAGCCGUGCAAACUCUGCCGUGAGCAAGGGGGAGAAGAAGCCAUCUGGGGAGAAGCAAUCCGAUGGAAGGCCACCCGGGGAGACACCAUCCGGAGAAACGUCCCCCACAGAGAAGUCCCUUCUGGAGAAGCUCAACACAGCGAGCAAUAAUCAGAGCGCGUCCGCAUCGGACAAGGUGGAGUCGAAAGAUUCCCUCUCACAGGCGGUACCCCAGGGGCAGGAAGACAAGGGGAAGGUGAGCGCGGGCAACGCAUUCUGGUUAUCCGACGGCGUGGAGGGGAGGCCGGCCAGUUUGGGCGGGUGCGUGCCGAGUUCGAAGUGUGACCUGGUGAACACGGAAAGGAAAGACGGGAGUGGCAUCGACAAUGAGAAGGGAAACCUGGGAGGAAGCGACUCUGCUCUUAGAAAUGAUACUUCUCACAGAAUAGAGACUUCGCUCAGAAGAGAAACUUCUCCAAGAAGAGACACUUCUCUCAGAAAGGACGCCGUGCGCAGGAAUCUAUUGCGGAGACAAUUCUCAGCCAACUCAGAAAACCUGUUCCGAAGAGCAGAGGAAGAAGAAGACGCCAACUUCCACCAAGGGGUCUACAAGAGAGAUCUGUCCUUCCAGUUUGGAGGAGUACAUGAUAAGCUGAGUUCAAUGAACAACAACGCGACAAGGACGGGAAGCUACAUGAUGAGAUCCAUCAGCUCCAAUUUGAGGAAAAAAAAAUACAAACAAAAAGAUGGGCUAAAUGUAGAAUACGAAAAAAAAAAAAAGGAAGACAUCACAAAGGAGAAUCUUUUAACGUAUGAACCUGAGUGUAGCAUUGACAUGGGUACACAAGAAGGAAAUCCAAAAUCACGUCGGAGCUUUUCCUGCCUGAGUGAUAGGUCCUUCUAUAUAAACCCAAUACAGAUCGAGUUAGAAGGGGACGCUAAUGCCAGUAAAAAUUUUAAUGGAAGAAGAAACAGCCUGAUCGAAAAUGAAUCGGCAAGAAAUACUUUGCAGCACAGCCUUCAACACAAAAUUGAGCGUCCAUUCCAACACAAGAUCGAGAGACCUUUCCAACACAAAAUUGAGCACCCCUUCGAGAAGAACAGUGAGCAUGAUCCGAAGGACAACAAAAAGGCAAAUGUAUUUUCGCACGUAUUUCAGCAUUUUAACGAGAAUAAAAAAAACUCCACGUCGAAUUUGAAGUUCUUCUACAAAACAUACAUGCCUGAUUAUGAGAAGAUUAUCGAGAAUGACAAGAAGGCGGAGACCUUCGACGUCCCUCCCUACUGUGAGUUGGCACCCCUCAUUGUGCUGACGAAGAAUUGCCAGCUGUCUACCUUUGAGAAUAUCCUCACGCAUAUUCUGAACAAGUACUCCAAGGGCGGGAAGGGGAAGGACAAGGGGCCCAAAGCGGGGCCCAAGCCAACUUGA